AUGAAGUACUCUUCCAUCUCUUACUCGCUCUUCCUCAUCCUUCUUGGCCUUCUUUUGAGCCAAGAAUCAACUGUUCAAGGAUUUCAACCAGCCACUUCGUCGUCGUCGUCGUCAUUGUCAUUUUCCCAAGGAAACCAGCUCCUGGCUUUGACCAAUGACAAGACAGCCAGCAUUGCGUUGCAUGCUUCUCUCAUUGAUCCUGAGCAAGAACCCGAAAAGGCUUCCAAUAAUAACAGUCCUACUAUUUCUACCAAUAAUGCUACUUGGAAGAAGAUCUGCGACAUUAAUGAAAAGUUUUGGGAUUACACUGUCAACUUUUUCUACAUCUUCAUGACGGUCGGAAUCUUGAUGAACUUGUCUGGAUUUGCCUACAAGGUUGAUCUCGAGGAGGGAUUCACCGUUCAAACCGUCAACGAACGUCGUCAAGAGUUGCAAUGGCAAAAGGAAAUCCAACGAUAUGACCAGCAAGCUGCCAUGAAGCAAAAGAGUCUUUUGGAAAAGGUGGAGAUGACGAAUCAUCUGUAA